GCACCCCUCCCUGACUCUAGCAGUUUGUUGUGAGGUUACCUAGCAACCACAAGAGAGAAGCCUGAAGUCGGCAAAGGAGGCUGCUAAUUGUGACUUCCAUUCUGCAGGAUUUGUGUAACCCUUAAACUGAAUCUAGCACUUUAUAUUGAAUAUCUGCUGUCCCAGUUCAUCUGAAGGCAUGAAUAUAGUCCUGUCCCGGUAAGAGAGCUGCGAUCAAAAACCAGGGGAAUUGUGAUGGGAUGCUCAGGUCAAAAUUAUGGAGACCACAGUUGGCAAUGCUGAAAAGUACUUUGGGCAGUUCUGCUCUGUGCUGGCAUCAUACACACGUAAAACGGCAAAACUAAGGGAUAAGGCUGAUGAGCUGGUGAAGAACCUUAUAGACUUUGCUAACACUGAAAACCCAGAGUUGAGAACAGCCCUUAAAAACAUGGCAGAUGAGCUGGCAAAAAUACAAGACUAUCGGCAUGCACAGGUGGAGAGGCUGGAAACAAAAGUGGUAAACCCCUUGAAAUUAUAUGGAUCCUUAAUAAAAGACAAGCGGACAGAAAUCAAAAAGUUCAACUCAGUCAGGAACAGAGAAAUAAAGGAACUUGAAAAGCUGGAAAAAUUACGGCACAGAGCCCCAUCUGACCGCCAUGUUAUUUCUCAGGCAGAAGCCAAUGUUCAGAAAGCUUCAGUUGAUGCAGCACGUACCACACACCAGCUGGAGGAGGUCAUUGAUAAUUUCCAGCUGCAGAAGGUCAAGGAUAUACAGAAAAUUUUCUCAGACUUUUUGACAGUCGAAAUGAUUUUCCAUGCUAGAUCACUUGAAGUCUUUACCAAUGCAUUCCAAAACUUGCAAGAGUGUGACCUUGAAAAAGACAUGGAGGACUUCAGAACAAAGAUCCAUAUAAACACAGGGAAUGAGGAUGCAAGACCUAUGCAGGCUACUAACCUAUCUUCCAACACCACCUGGCGGGCAAGCAGCAUGAGUGUACAGAGCACACUGCAGAGGCAGCAGGAGAUAGAAGAAGACAGUUAUGAAGACUCAGAGGAGGAGGAUGAUAAUGAUGAUUAUGAAGAUCGCAGAAGAGUAGAAUACUCCAGAGUACGAAAAUAAUACCAGUUAUGGAAUGGAAUUCAUUUACUUAUGUUUUUUCUGAGCGAAUAUCCAAUGAAAGACUGACAGCAAUGGUACUGACGUCCUGUAAGGGACAACUGAGGAUGCCAAUUAGAGAAUUUUUUCCCAUUGAAUGAAAUGUAAUGAUUAGUACAUAUGUGGAAAAUCUGUAAGUGGGCAGUACAAACCUGUGCUAAAUAUAUACCGAAAGAAUUUUGUCUAACACUGUGCAUGGGGCAUUAACUAAUUUCUCUGACCCAUUCCUACUAAUCUAUUGAGAGUUGCCACAAGAGAAUAGUGACAUGGUUUAAUCUCACUCUUUAUUUCAAAUUAUAAAGCCUGAGAGUGCAUUCAGAGCUGAAAUAGAAGUGGGACAUGGACCUCUUCCCUCUUGUAUCUUGAUUUAUGGCACUUCAUCUUUGUAACUGUAUAUAAUCUGUAUUUACUUCACUGUAAUCCCCAUUGUACUAUUGCUGUAUUGCAGAUGUGUGCAGUGCUGUGUGUACAAGAAGUACUAUAUAAACAAAAUGUAUGUACAUAUUGUGCUCAUUAAUAUUUCAGAAAGUAGUAAAUAACUUAAUGCGACCUGAUACAUUUACUAUUUAAA